GUCUUUUGUACCUCUUGGAUUAUGAUCUGCAGAUUCGGAUACCAAACCCAAGAUACGCCUGGGAGGCCACAUGCCUCGCCUUUCGUAACAACUAAUGCACAGAGGUCUCUACCAUUCCCACACAUACUCUUUGUCAGCAAGGGGUCGAAUUGCAUUGCACAAGAUUAGUCGAUAGAAAGGGCCGAGCAGGCUGCACAUAUUGUCCGCAUCAGCCGGGCGAUCGGAAUCCGGCAGCCCGGAUGCAUCAGGGAACGGGAUCCGAGUCUGACGAGCGUGAUCAUGGAGUGAAAUAGCCCCUAUGACACGAUGGAAGUGCCUAUUCAUAAGACUGUAUGCGGGAAAUUGGGAUCUCGAAGUCAUCUUAGCAACUCCCAUAUUCCCUACCCUUGAGACAUCCUUCGGAAGAUCCAGAACUCAGAAUGUGGCGAGUGCCAACAGACGUCCCGCAGGUCGCCGUACCCAAUGGAUUGAAGCUCGCAGAAGUGACCGUCGACACCCCGUUGGAUGAAGUGUUCAAGCACUGGAAGGAAAGCGGCGGCGUCAUCCUGAAGAACAUGCUCACCACCGCAGAGGCGGACCAGAUCACCACCGAACUCGAAUCCCGUAUCGACUCCGUCCAACGGGGGUCCCGAGUGCCCCAUCCGGACCUAGCAGCCUUCCACGGCACUAAGACCAAGCGUGCAGGCGACCUCAUCAAUCACAGCGCCACGUUUCGAGAACGGAUCCUCGAGAACGACUUCAUCCAUGCCAUCUGCAAGCGCUGCUACAGCGAAGGUGGACAUAACGGAGACUACUGGCUCUCGGCGGCGACCACCCUCAAUGCUUCCGGACCGCAGCCCGCGCAGGUCUUGCACCGGGAUCUGACCUCCUAUCCGCCAUACGCGCAGCUCGGACCGGACUGCACGGAACCACAGAUCAACUUCCUCUUCGCCUUCUCCGAUUUCACGGAUGACAAUGGUGCCACACGCAUCAUACCAGGGAGCAACAAGUGGCCCUUUCACCAACGCGGGAAUAUGAAGCAGACGAUUCCCGCGGAGAUGCAGACGGGGGAUUGUCUCCUGAUUGGGGGCAAAGUCAUCCAUGCGAUGGGCGAGAAUAAAACGGAGAUGGAACGGAAAUGUAUCCAGCUGACGGUCAUCCCGAGCUUCCUGACACCCGCGGAAGCACAUCCUUUUAUUAUCAAGCUGGAAACCGUGAAGAAGUUGUCCAAGCGUGCUCAGCGUUUCGUGGGGUUUCGAUCGCAGUAUCCGCGAGGCUCCCCCGGCCUGUGGACCAAGGAUUAUAUUGAAUUGGCAUUGCACUUGGGUUUAGAUGAUCUUCAGGGGGCUAUGGAGGAUUUGCAAGAUGUUCUCAACCAGCCCAAACAAUGGGAUACGAUUGAUUAUGACAAGAUUUGAGAGUUGUACAUAAAGCUACUCUGGACCGGGCUACUGGGAAUGAUAU